ACUUCUCUUCCCACUUCACAUAGCCAUCCUCGCUCCAUUCAGCUUUGUUCUGCAAUCCCCUUUGCGACACGACGGACGGACAACACAGCUCUGAAAAAUGUCCUGGACGCACCCAGCGCUUCUGGCUUUGCUUGCCGUGCUUGUCGCUUUGACCUUGUCCAAUGGGGCUAACAGCGCAGCUGUGUCUGAUGACAAGACAGACGGCAAGGCGAAUACUCCUCAAGGGGCAUUGAAGAGGAUCUUCAUGCCAGAGUCAGAUGCUUCCACCUUCUUCAGGCGCAGAAGCAGGAGGGAUGUGAAGUCUCAGGAUGAGCUCAAUGCUGAGCAGAGGCUGAGGUUGGCUGCGGAUGAGCGCAAGAGGGAAUACCACGAAAACCAACGAAGCAAAUUUGAGAAUUACGCUGAGGAGGAAGGAGACGAGCAGGAAGAGAAAGGCCGCGAGAGCACCGAGCAGUGGAGAGAGUUCCACUACGACGGCAUGCACCCCUCCUACGAGUACAACCGCCACACGGUCUGAGGAGUGAUGACGACAGCAGAGGGCACAACACUACAUACAGAGGCCACUAACUCAGAACUGGGCCAUGGAUAAAGACAGAGAUGGAAGCAAUCAUAAGAAAUCACAAUCUUAUAAAGUAUAGGUUACGUCUAAUAAACUAACAUCCCAUAACCGUCAGGUUUUAAAAAGGUUGUAUGUACUGUAAUACAAUGUAUUCUUUUGUAGUGGAUGGUUAGGAACUAAAACAUGGAACACUACCUUUUUCAGUACUACUUAGAUGUGUUUUGUUUUUCCAGUGCUGAUUUCUUGUUUUCAGAUUGGUUAGCAGUUGUUCUUCUGGCUUCUCUUUGUGACAUAUAUAUAUACACCUGUAUAUAUACUGUAUAUAUAUAUAACAAAAUAUAUAGGCUAUGCAAUAACAAUGUUAUCUGGAACUUCUUUCAUGGAUGCAUAUGAUGCUGUUGUCUGGCGUAUUUUAUGUGCAAUGCGGUA